AUGGCUACAACGGGUCUACGUUACGCGAUCGGUAAGAUUUCCAACAAUUCUUGAACUUUCUAUCAUUAUUUCCAGCCCAAUAUAAUUUUGACGAUCCCCUAGCAACAAGCGAGAGCUUACAGCAGUUGGAACUGUUUAUCGGCGAUCGCAUAUGCGUUUACGGACAGCAUGGAGACUGGGGCUACGGAAGAAAAUUUGAUGAAAAAAACGGAAAAUGCGGGAUUUUUCCACUUUCAUUUGUUCAAUUUGUGCAAAAAUCGAUGUUCGUUUCGACGAGUGAUGGAUAUCUCGUUGUCGACGAAAUCUCGCGAAUUGUGAACGAGUGGUGGACCAAAAUGAAAGACUUGAUGCUGACGAGCACGAAAAUCGCAUCGUUCGAAGACUUGAUGGAGUCUUUCAAUGAACUGCUUGUCAUCAAACGGAAAAUAGAAAGCGGUGAUUAAAAAACAGUCCUUUGAAUAUGAACAUGUUGAGGUUUCAGGCGGGAUUCCAAUCGAAGAGCUCAGUAAACUCCGAAUGAGGGUCUCCAAACUCGUGGAUAGAGGGAACACGUUACUUGGACUGGAUGUGGUCAUCCGCGAUGACGAAGGCGUUCCUCUCGACGUCGAAUCUCUUUCUCUUCUCCGAACUUACGAAGCACACAUUUCAUCGCAACGCAGAAUCGGAAAUCAGCUGGUAAGGGCUUGAAAUUACAGUAACUGAAUACAUUUUCAUUCUACAGAGAGAAAAACAAGAAAGCGUGGCGAUGAACGGCAGCUUUUCUCUCCUUCUGUCAAUUAAAUCGGUCGAACUGCACAGUAAACAUUCGUGUGAAAUCAGCAUUGCUCUCUACGAUUUGGAGAAAAAAAUGUUCACGACGUAAGAGGCCGAUUGCUGCAGUCAGAAGAAUCUAAUUAUCAUUCAGGGACUGCUACACGUUUUUGUGGAAUAGUGGCAGUGGGAAGCACGCUGAUCUGAACCUCAAGGCGUUAUUCACGGAUUUUGCAAAGGAGGACAUCAGAAGAAAAUAUCUGAUGGUAACUCGAGUUGUCAACGUGGCCCCCAUUGAGUCGUCGAAUGCGACGAUGCGAAAGCACGGGCACGAGCAGAAUGUUCCACUAAAUUUUUAUUGCCGACAAUGUAAGCGUUGGAAAUUAUUGGAAAAAAAAUAAACUGAUUACUUUACAGCCUACGCAUCGGAUAUCAUGGAAAUGUCCGGAAUCUUCCAAGCAGGCGUCACGCACGAAGCGAAAGAACGGGUUAUCUUCCUGAAUCGUGAUCCAGAGCUGCCACUUUCUCUGAAGGCAUAUCAUGCAACGAAUAGAAUCCCGAAAAAUCUGGGAAAUGAUAUGGAAACGAAGCUGUUGAUAAGCACCCAACUUGUGCAGGGAAACGUAGCGCAGAUCAAAGCGAGACACCCGCAUUUGUUCAGCAGAAGCCCGGCGGCGAUUCUGAGAAGGGCGGACAGGACUGCGGUGUCGAUUGAAGACUCGCGCAACGAGAUGUACAUCACACUGAUGCACGCGGAGCUGACUGGAAAGUCUUCGGACCGCAACAUCGAAGCACGUCUUCAUGUGGUCGAGUCGAACGGAAUCGUCAUGACGAAUGUGUUCGAAACUGUCUCCGUGACUGGCCCUCAGCUGAGCACAGUCUACAAAAGCAUCGUUGUCUACCACACUGACAAACCGUUGUGGACGGAGCCCAUCAAAAUCGUCCUUCCGGCUAGUGCUUCCCACGACGUCUACUUGCGCAUUCUAUUCUAUUCGAAAAAAUCGUACGACAAACCGAAGCCGGAAAAAGGCCCGUUUGCCAUUGCUCACGUGCAACUCAUCCGCAGUGCCGGGCUCAUUUGUGACGGAGAACACGACCUCGCUGUGUACAAAAUAGACAAUCCAGGAUCUCGGUUCGAGGAUGAGAACACCGCGUACAUGGGUUUGCCAGCAACACGCAGAACUUUGAAAGAGUCGAUAGGAAGUUCGAAACCACAUGCUCCGGGAUUUAGUUUGAGCGACAAAAGUCUCGUGCUCAUUUCCACGCAUUCCUGCUCUUCAAUGCUCACUCAGAAUGAACACCUUCUGAAUGUUCUUAGAUGGAGAAUGAACUGUGUUAACCUGACUCCUUCUCUGAUUGCUUUGGCUCAGCCGAUUGGCGACACUGAGAACGAGAUGAUUCGCUUUAUUCCACACUUAUUGGAUGCUCUGUUCGAAAUAUGGCACGACCGGGAAACUUCCGAGAAGAUAGUAUUCGAUGUGAUUGUCGCCGUACUCAGAUUGUGCGGUAGGAAUCUCAUCUAGGAAAAUUUAUCAUAUUCCAACUGAUUUCAGAAGAACAACGACAUCCACAAGCAGCCAAAAUCUUUGAAUCCUACCUCAAACGAUUCUCUUUCACUUCAGCAGCACUGUUCGCAUAUCCCUGCCACCUUUUCGUAAAAUCUCUUUUACAGAAAGAUUCUGAAAUGUCUCAACCAAUACGUCGUCUCGGAUUCAGACGAUUCGAACGAAAAGGCAAGAAACGCAUUCAAAGUGAUGGGUCCGUUGUUCAAAGUGGUCGUCGUUUCGAAAAAAUGUGGGAUAAAGUAGGCCUCCAGAUUAGACUGAUUCGCCUUACGAUUUCCUUCAGAUUCGAAGAAUUCGAAGAGUUUGAGAAGACUUAUAAGCAGUAUUUGCGAGAAUUCAUGAGGUCACUCGUCAUGCUCAUGUCAGAAAAGAAGAUCAAAAUGACUGUGCAGAACACUGCUCUCAAAAGUAUUCCGACCAUCAUCGAUCUACUUUAUGAGAGCGAUUCCUGUUCCUCUGAGAAUUUGUGGUGUGUUACUCACGAAGAAAUCAUUCCUAACCGAUUAUCUUUCAGUGGAUUCAUUGUUGAUCUGAUGAACAACUUCGGCAGUAACAUUGUGACUCGUGAGCGUCUCGGAUUCAUCGCCCAAGUCGUCGAGACCAAGUUCUUCUCGGUGUGCACACUCCCUAUUUCUCCCUCCCAAUCUCUGAUUUGCAGCUGCCAGUUUGCCGUGACCAACUUCUUUCCCCUUGUCUCCGAAUUGCUCUCGACAUCAUUCAGCUCGACAACGCUGCGACCGAAAAGGGAGAAUUCGCGGACAGAGCGGCCGAAUGCGCCAGCAUCAUCGCCGCCAUUCUCGAGCGCCUUUUCGCCGACGCAGUACGCCUCCACUUUAUUUGCAUUAUCCUUCUGUUGACCGUUUUCAGAAAAGCAACGGCGGAGAGAGUGGGGAACGAGAGCUAACUGCAUUCAUACUGAUGGUCUAUCGACCUUUAGUUCAAGCGAUGAUCCGAGUGAUUCACGACGACAAGCACACUGACGACGACGCCCGCGGACAUUUCUUUUCGGUCAUUCUGGCUCUUUUGGACAAAAUGUCGGCACAGAUGUUCAGUGAAUAUGUAGAAGAGCGACCUUUCGACACUGACAAACGAGACUUUCUGAUGGAAAUGGUGCAAAUGAUCAGGGACCUGUUGAAUAGAAACGCAUUUCCGUCGACAUGGAAAGAUAUGGUCAUGCUGCAGAACAAGUGAGUCAAUACUUCCGAUCCAUUCCACUUUUCUCUCCUUUUCACAAUGCAAACAUCGCUCUUUUCUCUCCUUCGCUGCCCGUCCGCUUUAUCUGCCUCACUAAAUUGAAAAUGAAAACAAAUUGAAUUCCAGAGUGAUCCACAAGGCGCUCCGGUUCGUCAUGUCGGCCGUGCAAACGUUCUUCUCGAACGACAAGUUCUGCUCAGAGGUAAAAGAGUGAAAAUUGCAAAGUAACACAACACUUAUGCAGAUGUGGCGAGAAUACAUGGUUACUGUGGUCUCAUUUGUGACACAAGAAGGAUUGAAUUCGAAGCACGAAUGGAUGAAGCAAGAGGAUGAGGACAUGAGAAUUCAGCUGAGGAAGGCGGCUGCCAAAGAUCUCCGCAGUAUGUGGUUCCGAUUGAGUCGUAAGUAAAUCCAUCUAUUUGAAAAAUCUAUUGUUUCACUCUAGCGUCUCAAAAACUGCUGUACAUUCCGAGCAUGGUCGGUUCGUUCCUCAAGGUGUCGCUCGUGGAUGACGACGAAACGAGAGAAGCCACGAUUCCUAUAUUCUUCGACAUGAUGCAGACAGAGUACAACACGAGUGCCAGUAGGUCAUUCAAAGAGGUAAUUCCGUUCAUUUCCAUCUCUCUAUGCCAUCCGGUCUCUUGCAGUUCGCUUCGGAGCUUGUUUCCCAAUUGGACACCCUUGUCGAUCAGAACAGCGCCACGAAAGGAUUCAAAGAUCAUUUCCGUCAAUUGUCGAUCACUCUUUGUCAGUCGGAUAAAGAAUUGAUGGCUAAUGGCGGAGAGGAACUGAUAGAACGGAUCGAUCACCUACUGACGGCGCUCAUUGAGUAUCACGAAGUGGCCUCGAAGAGCACAGUCGAGUGUGCAGACAGUCUUAUGAGCAGAACUGUGCAGUUGAUGGUAGGCUCUGUUUCCCAAUAGUCUUCGAAUUGCCGAACGUUUGCAGAGAUACUACGAUCAGUACAACCACGAAGAAUUGUACGUCAAAUAUAUCUACAAACUUUAUGAUCUGCACACCUCUUAUGGAAACGAGAUAGAAGCCGCGAAAACACUACUUCGGCAUGCCACAAUGCUCACGGUAAGUACACAGACAUAUUGUGCGAUUGCAAAGUAUCUCCUUCAUAGUUCGACGACGACGCUCUUCCGUCCUGGCUGAUUUCCCGACUGCUCAACAGACAUUGUUCGACACAGCGGCAGCUGAAAGAGGACCUGAUGCAAGAAGCCGGAAAUCUGUUCACGAAAGGAGAAGAUUGGGAAGACGCUCUGCUUGUAUUCAAUCAGCUGAUUCCUGUCUAUCAAACUAUUAUCAUCGAUUAUCAUAAACUCUCAGAACUGCUGGUCAGUUCAGAAGCUCUCACUUCAAACUUCCAAAAACGAAUAUUCAGCAAAAAAUAGCCAAGUUGUACACAUUAAUCGACCGAACGGAACGUGCCUUCUUCUAUUAUUACCUCGUCGCUUUCUAUGGACAAGGAUUCCCUUCUUAUCUCAACGGACACAAGUAACGCUGUUUCCCCUAUAUUCUCAUCAUAACUCCAAUUACAGAUUUGUUUUCCACAGUGACAAAUUAGAAAUGCACGGCGACUUCAUGCAACGAAUCAUGAAGAUGUACGACAAUCCGGAGAAGAUCAUGACGACAGAGGCGUGUCCGCAUCUAGUUGAGUCUCCCGGUCGAUACAUCCAAGUGUUCAACAUCGAACCGAUCAGCACUGGAUGCAACUUUGAAGAAAAUCCAACAGUAAACCCGGCAAUCAAAAAGUAUUAUAGACACUACAACGUAAGUAAAUUCAUCUGCAUUUAUUCUACAAGCCCACGUUCCAGAUUCAAACAUUCGAAUAUUCGAAGAUUGAAGAUCGAAAAGAAACAAAGUGGACGAGUAUCGACCCUUCCUCAGAAUUCAUGAGAAACUGGCUUGUUCGGAGACGAAUCGGCACGGCCGACAGUCUGCCGACGGAUCUCCGAUUCACGGAAGUCGUCAGUGUUUCCGAUCCGAUCUACGUGAGCCCACUGCAAAAUGCGGUCGAGCAGAUGAAAAAAAAGAACAGAGAACUGAACGAGCUCGCCACAAAUGUCGUUUACAAUCCGAACUUUGACUUGAAGCUAUUGAGUCGUGACAUUAUCGGCGUUGUAAAUGCAGCUGUUAUGGGCGGAGUCAAGAACUACGAGGUGUUUUUCACGGAAGCUUGUCGCAACAUUUGCGAAUGUGGAGAGCAGUCGAUCAUCAUGGAACUGAGCUCGUUGAUUAUCGAGCAAGUAGAAAUCCUCGAGUACUGUUGCUAUGUGCAUGCGAGCAGAUGUGGGGAAGGAGAAGGACGGGCAAUCAACGACAUGCUCGCCAACUCAUUCGACAGUCAUCGGAAGUACGUGGAAGAGAAUUUCGGAAAGACGAGAUCCCGUCUUCCUCCGAACGCAUCGAUCCGUCUUUCAACUGUAAAUGAAACUGAUGGUUCGAUCGGAGAUAUCAGCGGGAUGACCACUCUGAAAUCUACAAAAGCUCUUGCUCUCGGCAGUGCUGUUGCCAACUUGCUCUCUUCGAAUAAAAGAACAAGUGGAUCGAAUACUCCCGUCGCCAUAUCGUGAGCUUUAUAGAUAUCAAUUUCCCUCAGACUUUCCCUUGUUUCCAGAAACCGUCCGGCUCCAUCGUUUGACAAUCUUUCUUCCGUGCUCCGUUCCUCGUUUGCCGUCUCGAAACUCACUUCCCAUCCCAAACCCUCUCCACUUUCUCCGUCUGCUCGUUUUGGCUCCACAAGCGUUAGCAGCUUCGAAGGAAUACGCAUGCGUACUCAUCAUCCCCACCAGACAUCUACAGUAUCCCUUCAUCAUAACUCCGUCGCCCCGCCCCUUCCGCCGCGACCCGAUCAAGACCCGAAUCGGACGCUGAAACGAAAAACCUAA